AUGGACAUUGAUUAUUUCACAAAGUGGGUGGAAGCAACGACUUUCAAGUUAGUGACUAAGAAAGCGGUGGUUGAUUUUAUUCACUCCAAUAUCAUUUAUCGGUUUGGCAUUUCGAAGAUAAUUGUCACCGAUAAUGCUGCAAAUCUCAAUAGUCAUUUGAUACAAGAAGUGUGCCAACAAUUAAAGAUUAUGCAUCGAAAUUCUACUUCGUAUCGUCCAAAGGAAAAUGGGGAUGUAGAAGCUGCCAACAAGAACUUAAAGAAAUUACUUUGCAAGAUGGUGCAGGGUUUUCGACAAUGGCAUGAAAAGUUACCUUUUGCUUUAUUGGGUUAUCGUACUAUGGUUCGAACUUCAAUUGGUGCAACUCCUUACUGGUUAGUGUAUGGAACUGAAGUAGUUAUACCUGUAGAGAUUGAGAUUCCAUCUCUUCGAGUAGUUGUGGAAGCUGAAAUUGAUGAAGACCAAUGGGUCAAGACUCGUUUGGAGCAAUUAAGCUUGAUUGAUAAAAAAAGAUUGACAUCAGUAUCUCAUGGACAACUAUACCAGAAGAGAAUGGCACGAGCAUAUAACAAAAAGUCAAUUGAAUGUAAAAGCAAAAGUCAUCAACCGGAAACUUGA